GAACGAUAACGCUUUGUCCGUCAAAGCUGUCGCGCCGAGGCUGAGCUGCCUUAAAUACCCACCCUCCUGCUGCUGUAGCAGCCUCAAACCAACCAAUAUACACGAAGGGCGCGCAAGUAACCACUAUGCCAAAAGCCACCCAAAAAUUUUCCAAGCAAAUCGGCCCCGUCACCUACGAUAAUGGCAAUUGCAGCAAGUGCGGUCGUUACAUCUCGCGCUCGUCAGACUUCGCCCGCCAUGCUAUCACGCAUAUGGAGCUCGGCGACAAGGAUGCGUCCAUGUACUACUGUCCGCAUGAGGGAUGCGCGUACAAGACCCUCCAGAAGUCCAACCUAGAGUCCCACUUCAAUGUGCAUACUGGGGAGAAGCCAUACGCAUGUCCCGAAUGUCCCUUCUCAUCCGCCAACCCCUCCUCGCUAUGCCGCCACCGCCAAAGGCUACACGGCUAUGUACCGUCGGCACGACGAACACGACCGGGAUCAGGUCCUGCUACCUUCAGUCGGCCGCGCGUACCACAAGAAGACGGUCCGGUCAUGAACGGCACGCCUACAGCCACGGUACCCCGCCGCACCGGUCGCGCGUCUAAGAACCAGAACAACCCGGUCGACAACAGCCAAUCCGACCACGACGCACAGGGUCAGCCUUCCCAGCACCCACCACCAGAUCAGCAACAGCACCCACCACCGCCCCCUCCCCCUCCCCAGCCCCUCACCUUCAUCAACCACGCACCCCCACCACCCGACGGCAUGAUCAACGGCCCCAUCCCCAUGGGCCCGCCCAUGCCACACAUGAUGUUCCCGCCCCACUUCGCGCACUUCGUCCCCAUGCAAGGCGGCCCGCCGCCCAUGGGUCCCCCGCCCAGUGGCCCCCCGCCGAUGGGGCAUAUCCAGCACGUACAUAUGGGCCCGCUCCCGCCUGUACCGCCGCCGCUGGGUAUGCCGCCGCCGCCUGGGAUGCUCCCGCAGGGGAUGCCGCAGGCGCCGCCGCCGCCGCCGUUGGUACCGCAGGCUCCUGCGCCGCCGGAGGCUGAGCGGUCCGCGCCGUCGCCUCCACGGGCGCCUGGGGAGGUAGAGGAGAAGCCGAAAAUUGAGAAGCGCUCACCUUCACCUUCACCGGCGAAGGCUGCCAGCCCGACAUCAGUUUCGCGCUCACCUUCACCGAAGGCUACGUCGAAUGUGCGGGAGGUAUCCGAUUUGCGCACGCCUGUGGUAUAGCGCGCUGCGGCUUCUUUGGGACCCUGUGUGUAAAAACGAACCCCCUGCUCUGCCGUUAUCUCCCGUGGAUGUUGUCUAUAGUAUGAGUUAUUGCUGUCUAUUAUGCCUAAUGGGGUCUUCGCUAAGUAGCGUUGACCGCCAAAUAAUCACAUGAAUGUCUCUGUACUCUACGUCUCGUAUUACUAUUCUUUGGUCCAUCC